AUGGCAGAGGCGGAAGAACUUCCCAAAACUAUCGUACGCCGCGUGGUAAAGGAAAAGCUAUCCACUUGCUCCGACGACGGAGACAUUGCCGUUCACAAAGACGCUCUUCUCGCAUUCUCCGAAAGUGCCAAAAUUUUCAUCCACUACCUUUCCGCUACGGCUAAUGAUAUAUGUAAGGAGUCAAAGAGGCAAAUUAUCAAUGCUGAAGAUGUUUUCAAAGCUCUUGAAGAAACUGAGUUUACUGAAUUUGUUAACCCUCUAAAAGAUUCUCUUGAAGAGUUUAGGAAGAAGAAUGCUGGGAAGAAAGCGACGGUGUCAAAGGGAAAGGGAGAUGAGAAGGGAAAGAAAAGAAAGUUGGAAGGCGAGCAGUCUGAUAAAGGCGAUCAAGGCGAGCCAGCUGAUAAAGCCGAUCAAGGGGAGCCAGCUGAGAAAGGCAAUCAAGGUGAGCCAGCUGAGAAUGGCGAUCAAGGUAAUGAUGAUCAAUGA